AACGCAUUUGAAACGAAUGCGCUCAACCAAUCAGAUGCUUGGAGAAUUCCGGACACAGCGAAUCAGCUUGUAGUGAGCGAGGAUUUAAACCAGGACGCCGAACCCUGAAAACUACACUGCGUCGUUCUCAGUUACGAUUGUCCGUGGUUUGUGUUGAAGCAACGCAUAUUUCAAAAUGGCUCUUCGAGUGACCAGAAACCGCUUGGCUUCUACCAGGGCUGACCUCGGUGGUAAGGCCUGCUCGGUCGCUGGUCCCACGAAGCCUCGCGCUGCGCUGGGUGAAAUCGGAAAUCUCGCAGUUAACAAAGAAGUCACGUUACAGAAAAAGAUUAUCAAGGCAGAGCCUACUAAAAAGCUUGAGCCCACUAAAAAGACCACCAAAGUCGUCAAAGCAGUUGUACAACAAGAAAAUGUCGUUCCUGUUAAACCUGAGCCUGAGGUUCUCCCUGAACCAGCAUCCCCCACUCCAAUGGAGACUUCUGGCUGUGCUCCUGCUGACCUCUGUCAGGCUUUUUCUGAUGUUAUGCUCCACACUGCUGUCCGGGAUGUGGAUGCUGAUGACUAUGACAACCCCAUGCUCUGCAGUGACUACGUGAAAGACAUCUACAAGUACCUCAGACAGCUUGAGGUUGAGCAGAACGUCAGGCCCACUUAUCUGCAGGGUCAGGAGGUGACUGGUAACAUGCGGGCCAUUCUCAUUGACUGGCUUGUGCAAGUGAGCCUAAAGUUCCGUCUGCUGCAGGAGACUAUGUACAUGACUGUGGGAAUCAUUGACCGCUUUCUUCAGGAUCACCCAGUUCCCAAGAAGCAGCUGCAGCUGGUCGGCGUGACUGCCAUGUUCCUUGCUUCCAAAUACGAGGAGAUGUAUCCCCCAGAGAUCUCAGACUUUGCCUAUGUGACGGACAGGGCCUACACCACUGCCCAGAUCAGGGACAUGGAGAUGACCAUUCUCCGGACCCUCAAGUUUCAACUAGGCCGCCCUCUUCCCCUGCAGUUUCUUAGAAGGGCCUCAAAGAUUUAUGAGGUAACUGCUGAGCAACACACGCUGGCAAAAUACCUCUUGGAGCUCACCAUGAUUGACUAUGACAUGGUUCACUUCCCACCUUCCAUGGUGGCAAGCGCUGCUUUGGCUCUCACCCUCAAGAUCUUGGAUGCUGGGGAAUGGGAUGUGACCCUGCAGCACUACAUGGACUACACUGCAGAGAGUUUGGUUCCUGUCAUGGCACACGUUGCCAAGAAUGUUGUAAAGGUGAACGAUGGGCAGACCAAGCAUCUGGCAAUCAAGGGCAAAUAUUCCACUUCAAAGCAGAUGAGGAUUGCCACCAUCUCACAGCUCAAGUCUUCAAUGGUGAAGGAACUUGCAAAGCAGCUUGUUCAGUGAGGAGAUGUUUUAGCACCAUGUGCUGAUUUGUACAGUUGUAACUUAAUGUGACUGAAG